AAAACUACUUGCUUGCAACAUCAGCCAUAAAAAUACAAAAACUAUUACUGAAAAAAACAAUCACGUACUCUUCUCAUUUCUGUACCAAAUUUUAGUUUGUACGGACUUCGCUAGUUCUUUUUAUGUAGCCUGUUGUAAAACCAGACAAAUACUUGGAUAAGUUGAUGUACCCCUCUGGAAGACCUCUGAGUACCCCCAGGGUUGAGAACCACUGACCUAAAUGACAGCUCGCUUCACACAGCGGCGGUGCCCUAGCAAUCUUACACGGGCAACCGCUGAGAUGCAGAAAUUUGUGCCACCAGACGAAGCCACAGUCUAGGGGCAGGCAGCCCAGCUCUGCUGCCCAUCCCAGGUUUUCAGGGCUAAUUUUCUCGAAGAGAUCGUGCAAGCCGGGCUCCCUUGGCAGCGCUCGCUGUCCCUGUUCUGGUGUCAUGACUCGCGGCCCCAGAGUCAGGCCAGCAGUGACCCCGUGACGUGCAGCGUUUUGUCCCGGGCGAGCAAUGGGGAGAGGCAGGCGCAGCACAGGAGCGGGGAGUCCCUGCAGGGUUACCUGUACUGCCUGGCCGUCAGCGCGCCGGGGGGCUGCACGGGAAACCCGGCCAAAUGGCGGGAGAGGUUUAGAAGAUUCCAACCCUAACUCUGGCCAGAGCAUUUCACCUGCAAUCACAUUGUGACAUGCGAGUGACAACAUGGUAGCAAUAUAUCACAGACAGCCACAAGGUGACUUUUAACUCACAACUUCAUCACAGCAAUUGUGUUGUAAUGUUUAACCUACAACCAUGUCACAACAGUGAGUGAAAACCAUGUUGAAACAUCAGCUUUUAAGCCUGCUGUGUGAUGUUUAAAUGAAAAGAAUGUUGUGACAUCAUCCUGAUUUUUAUCACAAAUCUUGCUAUAUUUCAGUUUUUCCUUAAACUUCCAAAUUCCAGAGUCAAGUGGUUGCAGAAGAAUUGUGGCCUUCACUUAAAAAUGGAAGUUUCUAGCCCUCAUGGCUGGUCUGAAAGCACUGAAAAUUUGAACCUUACAGUCUCAAAAACCAGAAGACAAAUAUAAAGAACCAAAAUGUAUUAUUUUGCAAAAUCUCUUUUUUUUCAGCUAAAUUCCUGAUUUUUAGGGGCCUGACUCAAGAUUUUUUGAAUGCUUAGGCUUGGUAAUGCAGGAUAUUUUGAAUCAAAACAUGCCACAGAUGGACCAUAAAUGUUUAUAAUAACUGUGUAUUCCCCAUAAGGUGUCUAUCUUCUAAGUAAAAAGCAGUGUCUGUGCCUCCUGUACAAUGCAGUGCAUAUAUCGUCUAUAAUACCGUGCAUGGCCUUAUGUAUGUCUCCUGUACAGAGCGAUGUAUCUCUGUUCCUCUAACAGUGUCUCUACACAUUGUUAUUAUCAGAUGCAAAGCUUUGGGCUAUGACUUCACCGGGUCAGUCACUAGCAUUUAUUUUCUAUUUAUUGAUCGUUAUUAUUAUGAUAAUCCGUCGUGCACACACCACAGACAGCAGUAGACUCCCCCAUUCCCUCCUGCAGCUCGGGCUCUUUUGUGCCCGGAACUCUCCUCGCGGGCUGGGUUGCAGCGGGGAGGACCCUGCUCGUUGGGCUCCCGGCCUUCCGGGAAGCCUCCCAGGAGUGGGGACGUGUCCCUGUGCUGCCGGGCUGAGCGUGUGGCCGUCGCGAGCCGCUGCCAUGGACUCGGCCAGUCUGGUGGAGGAGCUGCAGCUCCGCGUGCGGGAGCUGGAGGAGGCGCUGGCCAGGGAGCGGGGCGGCGGGCAGGGCCAGCGGGCUCGCAUCGAGAGGAUGAGCCCGGAGGUGACCGACUCCAACCCCUACAGCCGCCUGAUGGCAUUAAAACGAAUGGGAAUUGUGAAAGAUUAUGAGAAAAUCCGUACCUUUACGGUAGCAGUAAUAGGUGUUGGUGGAGUUGGCAGUGUGACUGCUGAAAUGUUGACAAGAUGUGGCAUUGGUAAGCUGCUACUGUUUGAUUAUGACAAGGUGGAGCUGGCGAACAUGAACAGGCUCUUCUUCCAACCUCAUCAAGCUGGACAAAGUAAAGUGCAGGCAGCGGAGCAUACUUUGAGGAAUAUUAAUCCUGAUGUUCAGUUUGAAGUACAUAACUACAAUAUCACAACAGUGGAUAACUUCCAACAUUUCAUGGACAGAAUAAGUUAUGGUGGGUUAGAAGAAGGGAAACCUAUUGAUCUUGUACUGAGCUGCGUGGACAACUUUGAAGCUCGUAUGGCAAUUAACACUGCCUGCAAUGAGCUUGGACAAACAUGGAUGGAAUCUGGAGUGAGUGAAAAUGCAGUCUCAGGACAUAUACAACUUAUCAUACCUGGUGAAUCUGCUUGUUUUGCGUGUGCUCCCCCACUUGUAGUUGCUGCCAAUAUUGAUGAAAAAACAUUAAAGCGAGAAGGAGUUUGUGCUGCCAGCCUUCCUACCACUAUGGGAGUAGUUGCAGGGAUUCUUGUACAAAAUGUUCUGAAGUUUUUAUUAAAUUUUGGUACUGUGAGUUACUAUCUUGGUUAUAAUGCGAUGCAGGAUUUCUUUCCAACUAUGGCCAUGAAGCCAAACCCAUACUGCAAUGACAAAAAUUGCAGGAAACAGCAGGAAGCAUACAAGUCUCUUCAGGAAAAAAAGGCUGCACAACCAAAACAAGUAGUAGUUGAACAGGAAGAAGAAAUAGUUCAUGAAGACAAUGACUGGGGUAUUGAGCUGGUAUCGGAGGUUUCAGAAGAGGAACUGAAGGCUGCUUCUGGUCCACUUCCUGAUCUUCCAAAGGGAAUUACAGUAGCAUAUACCAUACCAAACAAGGAAGAGAAUGUUGUAGCUGGGGAAACAACAGUGGCAGAGUCUGAGGAAAGCCUAGAAGAACUCAUGGCCAAGAUGAAGAACAUGUAGGCAAAUGGAAUAUUGAAUUUAACGUUUGGGAUCUUGCACUAGAGCUGAAUCAAGAAAUAAGGUCCUGUAAGAAAUUCCUUUCUUAAAACUUGAACUUUUGGUAAAACGGAACUAUAAAAACUUGGAGAUGGCAUCUCAUAACUGUAUUCUGCUGUUGUCUACAUACUGCUUUAAAAUACAAAGUUGUACUACUGUAAGUUUUCAUUUCUCAUCAUGCUAGGGUCCAAAAUCUCUAGGGGAAAAUUAAAGGUAAUAGACAAACUGACACACAAAAAAGGUAAGCAUCGCACAUGAUGUGGAAUGAUAUUUCCACAUGUUGGCAAUAUGGGGGAAAUUAAAGGUGGAGUAACCUUAUCUGGAUAGAGUGGUUCAGAGGCUUGAUAAUGGAGUCUUUAACAUGUACAUUACUGCUUCAAAUGUAAACCAGAUUUGUGGUAGUUGUAAGCAUCCAGCUGGCUACUGUUCAAUGGGCUAUGUUGUCUAAGUUUGUAGUGUGGCUGUACCUGUUUUGUGAGUAAAUGGAAGGCUUCAAUCUUUUCAUAGGCCAUAAAUUUCACUAGAAAAAUUUUAAAGGGUUGAGUGAUUUGUCAGGUUGUGUCACAUCCCUAUUCUUUCAUAAACAAGUAUUUAUGUAUGUAUUGCUUGUGUUUGAUAGUGGUGUGAGUAUGCAGUGUAAGGCACAAGUGUUUUCAUAUGAAUUCUUUGUUACUGGGUCAAGGACUGAGUUGACCAAAACAGCUCCUAGCAUGUUCAUCACUGCAGCUGAUGAGCAUUUUUACUAUGUAAAACACAUGGCUAUGACUUAUCACUGAAAAAAUUAACUGCACAGGAAACUUCAUUCUUUGUUUACUUUUAGGUGUUUUGAGAAGACUAGUUUUUAAAAGCUAGUUAUAAUUCUAAAAUUCAUUUAGAAUUAUUUGGCUCGCAUUUAGCUCAGGUUCUCAAACUGGGGGUUGGGGACCCCUCAGGGGGUCACAAGGUAUUACAUGGGGGAGUUGCAA